CCGCCCCCAGCCAAGAUGGCGCUGGCCGUCUCACGCGGUGCCGGUGCCGGUGUCGGGCUGUGCCCGAUGCCGGUGCUGCCGCUGUUGUUGCUGUUCCUCCCGGGGCUGGCGGCCGGUACCGGGAUGCUGCAGCCCCGGGACACCCCUUCCCGCGAGCGCAAGGAGCUCAGCGGCCUCUGGAGCUUCCGCGCCGAUCUGUCUCCGGGCAGGGACGCGGGGUUCGCGCAGCGCUGGUACCGGCGGCCGCUCCGGCAGACCGGCCCUGUGAUUGAUAUGCCAGUGCCUGCCAGCUUCAACGACAUCACGCAGGACCCCAGCCUGGAGAAUUACAUCGGCUGGGUGUGGUACGAGAAGGAGGUGCUGCUCCCCCUGCGCUGGCUGCAGGGCGAUCCCGCCCCCAGGGUGGUGCUGCGCUUUGGCAGUGCCCAUUACUACUCCGUCGUGUGGGUGAACGGGGUGCAGGUGGUGGAGCACGAAGGGGGGCACCUGCCCUUUGAGGCUGACAUCAGCAGCGUGGUGCAGGGCAGCCCAGACCCCCUGUGCCGCAUCACCGUCGCCCUCAACAACACCCUGACCCCCCACACGCUGCCCCCAGGCUCCAUCCAGUACAUGGCUGACAAAUCAAGGUACCCCAAGAACUAUUUUGUGCAGGACACCAAGUUUGAUUUCUUUAAUUAUGCUGGAAUCCACCGCCCAGUUGUGCUUUACACCACUCCUGCUGCCUACAUCGAUGACAUCACUGUGACAACCACUUCAUCAGACAGUGUUGCCAGGGUGCAGUACCAGGUGUCAGUGGUUGGCAGCACAGCCAAUUCCUUGUCCCUGAGUUUACGUGACCAAGAGGGGAAGGUGGUUGCUACAGGUGAUGGCGCAGUGGGAGAGCUCAAAGUCCUCAACCCAAACCUCUGGUGGCCUUACCUGAUGCACGAGAACCCUGGAUACCUGUACUCCUUGGAGGUGAAGAUGCAGGCCCAGGUGGGCGAGGUGCUGCUGGAGGACGUGUACACGCUCCCGCUCGGCAUCCGCACCGUGCACGUCACCAGCACCCAGUUCCUCAUCAAUGGCAGGCCCUUCUACUUCCACGGGGUCAACAAGCACGAGGAUGCAGAUAUCCGUGGCAAAGGCCUGGACUGGCCCCUGAUAGUGAAGGACUUCAACCUGCUGCGCUGGCUGGGGGCCAACUCGUUCCGCACCAGCCACUACCCGUACGCGGAGGAGAUCAUGGACCUGUGCGACGCCUACGGCAUCGCCGUCAUCGACGAGAGCCCGGGGGUGGGCAUCAAACUGCCUGAGAGCUUUGGGAACAAGUCCCUGCAGCAUCACCUGGCUGUGAUGGAGGAGCUGGUGCGCAGGGAUAAGAACAGACCCUCAGUGGUCAUGUGGUCAGUGGCCAACGAGCCAGCCUCAGAGCUGCCCCCAGCUGCUCACUACUUCAAGACAGUGAUAGCUCACACUAAAGCUCUCGACCCCUCCAGACCAGUCACCUUUGUGACAGAUGCUAAUUACGCUCUUGAUCGUGGUGCUCCCUACGUGGAUGUGAUUUGUGUGAACAGCUACUUCUCCUGGUACCAUGACCCAGGCCACCUGGAAGUGAUCCCACUCCAACUCACAGCCCAGUUUGACAACUGGUAUAAAACCUACCAAAAACCCAUUAUCCAGAGUGAAUAUGGAGCAGACUCAGUGCCUGGGCUGCACAGUGACCCCCCCAUGAUGUUCACUGAGGAGUACCAGCAGGCCAUGCUCAGGGAGUACCACUCUGUCCUGGACAAGAAGAGGAAGGAGUAUGUGAUUGGGGAGCUCAUCUGGAAUUUUGCUGAUUUCAUGACCAAUCAAGGGACCACACGAGUUUUGGGGAACAAGAAAGGAAUCUUCACCCGCCAGCGCCAGCCCAAAGCAGCUGCAUUUGUUCUUAGAGACAGGUACUGGAAGAUUGCAAAUGAAUCAAGCUGUCUUCCUCCUGUAAUCACAUCACAUUCCUUCUACCUAAAAUGAAAAUAAAGGGUUUGGUGGCUGGGGAUUAUGUCGAGCUUGUUACUAAGUUUCUGUUUAAAUAAGUUUUAUGCCUGAUUCAAGUCUUGCAAGUCCAAUGCGAUUUCUAGUCCACCUGAAGUAGUUACUGUGAUGCAAAGCAGAUCAGAAACUUUUGUUUCCUCUGCUCAGCUGUGUCUGGAGGCUCCCUGUUUCCAGGCAGAAAAACAAAUACUCACUUUCAAGGAGCUGAAGUUAAGAAAUCCUGACUGAGGUAUCUGUUUAUGGCAAAAAAAAUUACAAAUAUUACAUGAUACAACUCAAUGCUGAACUUAAAAACAAAACCUAAGUUACUCUAAAUGAACAUCACAUCCCUCUAAAGCAAAUGAGGUUUUCCAGUUCAACUCCCCGAAGAGUUAACACUGCUGAGAUCACAGCAGACUGCCCACAGGAUUGCAGAGGAACACAGUUUGUGCAGCUGCUCUGGCCUGACAGGAUGGAUGUGAGAGAAAUCCUGAGCAUUCCCAGCAGGCAGGAAGGGUGUGAAGCACCCAGCAUACUCCAGCAGAGAGUUUGGAAUUCCUGUUCAGCAGCAAGGUGGAAUGUUAGAGAGGGAGGGACUACAUCAACUCAACUUUAAAUCUAUUUAUUUUACAGUACCAAAACUGCCACUCUUAGACAUGAACUGUGCCUAACAAUUUUCCUUCAUAUUCAAUGUCACCACAGGAAGAGCAGCCCAGAGGGAAAUUCUGUUCCCAACCUUUGUGAGAGUGGCCUGGAGCCCUCUGGGGCAGGGCCAGGUGUAAAUAGACCCCUGUGCUGCUUCAGUGCUGUCCUUGUAGGAUCACAGCAGCACUCACAGAAAAACUCCCAACAUUUAACCUGCAAACUUCCAGCAUCACAAGGGGCAGAACAACAAAGCCAGAGGCUGCCCAAGCAUUUGGGAAGUUACAAAUCUGGAUUUAAUUACUGGAAUUCACAGAUUCUGGGUGAAACUGGUGCCAUGACUCCCUGUUCUGAGUGGCUCAGGGAAGUGAUCAAAUCUGACCAUAUUAAGGAAAUAUUUGCUUUUCUGUUGCGUGGUGGCCAAAUUCUGUCCCUUCAGAGGUGGUACACGAGGAACCAAGAGCACCUUCCACCCUGCCCCAGCAGAAUAAGGACACAGAUGUUCACUGCAGACUCCACAACAAUCUUUCUUGUGGUUUUAAGGGAAAAGAAACAACACUACAGCAUUCCUCACACCAUGCUAGGCCUAGAUUUUCUCUAGAACUAAACCCCCAGAAUAUAAAACUCUAUGCACAAUACAAAGACAUUUGUUCAAACACACCGUGGUAUGAGCAAUUCCCAUAUUUAAGCCCACUAGCAGUGUUUGAAAAUCAUUUCAACUUCUCCAUCCCUAGCCAUCAUCCUUUAAAAAUUCAUUUUCUUCCCCAAUUUCAACAGACCUGACCAAAACAUAGAUGAAGAUUUGACAUUGGUCACUCAUUACAAACCAGGGCUCAGCUCAGUCCCCCAAAAUCUGAGCACACAUUUGAGGGUUAAUUCCUGCUUGUCUCAACAAACCCAACCCUGCCCAGCAGCUCCCUCCCCAAAUCCAGGGACACAUCCAGCAGUUUCCAGGGAUUCUGUGGCUGUGGGACCAGCUUUGAGCAGCCCCAAUAAAGCAGAAAGUGAUAAAAAUCACAAUGUUGGGUUUUUUUGCUUAAAGAACUGUAAACAUUGAAAGCCUCAAGUCAAUGCUGCUCAGCCUUUACACACAAUGCUCAGCCAGACACAAAGCUGCAGGAAUUCUACUGGGAAAACUGGGAUCUGAGGGGAAUCAAGUGCUUUAAACCUUCUACUGCUAAACACACACAAGGUCUUGGAAAAAAAAAAAAAAACAACCAACAAACCACACGUGUUGGUACAAUUUCUAGAAACAGAAUUACAGUACUGACAUUAAAAACAGUUUCUAAGGCUCAGACUGAGUCCAAAAAGGCCUCUGGUUGGGUUCAUUCAAGCUCUUAUGUUUGGACUGCAUGAAUGCAGCAUAAGAAUGAUUGCAGCAAGACAUCCACAGGUAAUUUCUACAUUUAUUUUUGUUGGGUUUUUUUUCUUUUCUUUUUUUUUUUUUAUACCAAAAAAGUUAUGUGCAACAAAGAGAAUUCGUACAUAUUUACAUGGGUUUUUUUUUACCUGUUAGCAAAAUUGUAUCCUAAACCAUCAGUAGAGAAUCUCUCAGCCUAUAAUGAGAAAAGGAGCAUCUGCCCAAUGACUCCAUUUUAAAUGGUUGUUGGAUUUGGAGUUGAAAGCACUGGGAAUAAAUAGUUGAUGGAACAUACUAUACAGAACAAACACUUAAUAUUUAGGCCAUGCUUAACACAGUUUUGUGGUAACAGAAUACUUCAUCUCUUUUCUGGAGCAGUUUAAACAACAUUGGUAGAACCAAAGCCAAUCUCUGACUUCAGCCCAUAGAAAUUAGGAGCAGAACUGCCUGAAGCACCUCACCAACCUCCUGGAACAAAUGAGAUUCUACAGCAGCACAAAAAAGCAAACUACAGCAUCCAGAAACCUCCUCAGCAGAGAUGUCAAAAGGUGCUCAGGAAUGUUUCAUUUGCCUCAGUGUCACAAAUGUUUUACAGGAAGAAACUUCCAAGAAUACUCAUUUCCUCCACGAGACUCCAAUGCUUUGUUUGCCUUAAAGAGUAGCAAGUACCUUAUACUAAGAGGAUUUCAGGGAUGUUUAAUUCCUAAGCAGGUUUUGGGAUGAGUUUUUUUUUUUUUUGCCUUUCCAAUCCUCCCCUUGCUGUGGAACUUCCAACUCAGAAUAUUCCAUGAUCCCAAAGGAAUUCUGGGAUUCUGAGAGAGCCAAAGAAGGGCAGGAAGAGCCCAAAUUCAGAACCUCUUUGGAUACUGUGAAUUUUAUCCCUUCCUUUCUCCUGAGUGAUCACUGUAACAUCCCCCUGUCCCUUGCCAGCCCAAAUAUCAUUUACCUGCCUUUACCCAGCUGCAUCCUUGAGCAUUUUUAGGAUUUGCCUUGGGAUUUGUAAGGGUAAAACCAGUUUUGCCAGCACAUUUUGGCUGGGGCAGGCAGGGGGGGCACAGCUGCACUCCUGAUUUCCAUCACAACCCAUUUUCCUGGAAGGAAGAUGCUGUUUCUAUCACUGGGAGCAGCAAGGAAAGGGUCAAAAGAACUGGAAGCAGAAAGGUCCAAAUUUCUCCUGCUAAGAUUAAUCUGCCUUUUAUCCAGGCCAACUGCAUUUCUAAAGCACGAGAGGGAAAGAGAAGAAAUCAGGGCCCUUUCUAGCAAAUCACUUCCAGUAAAAAGUAACUGCAAGGGAAGCACAUGAGACCAGAGAGUUCACAAUUAAGGAUCAGAUUUGCAAAGGUCGUGCACAAAGUGUGGCUGCACAUUCUCCCAGAGCCCAAACUCCAGCUCCUAUGAGCACACAAACAAGGACUGCAGACACCACUGCUGAAAAUCUGGCCCUAAACAUUUUUACUAAACAAACUGAAUCAACAGACUAUGCCCACACAAACAAGCACAAGACACAGUGAAGUUAACACCAAUACUUUCAGCUGAUGGGGAUUAUUUUCCUCUUUUUUCUCCCAGAAAUUGGACCAAGUACUCAUGGAUUAGACUUGUCUCCAUGGCUGCUUGCUCUGGCAGCACAUGGUCACCUCUUCCUUGGGUGAAUAAAAGAUGCCUUUAGUGUAGAUCAGAAGAAUGCAUGGAAAUAAAAUCUAUACAACACAUUAAACACUGCUACUGCCUCAAGGCUUGGCACAGAACAAAGCCAAGCCUUGAGGGACCAAUUCAACAUCAUUCAUUCCCCUUAAUAUCAAAGUGGAAGGCAUUUGAGAGACAGAACUAAACAUCAAGACAAGCUUUAACUAUACUCUGGUCAAUACAAAACUCAUUUAAUGAAUUGUUGGCUAAAACUGUCAGACGAGGGACAAGUCAUUUAGUGUUACAUGCAACAGAUGUUACUCACACCACAGAACUCUGUACAGAAAAGCAGUUUCCACCUCCACCCUUGGUACAAACCAGAAUUACUUCAGUAGUAAUUUAAAUAUUAAUUUUGUGAAUUCAAUCUCCAGACUUGUUUUCUCUAUGGAAACACUGCUCGUUUCACAGUAGCUUAUCCUUAGUGUUUAAAAUCCACUUACAAUGGAGGUGUCUCUCUGACAUUCAUGUUUGAGAAUGAAAAUCUAAGAGGAGAUAAAUUAGUUCUUUAAAUAAAUGGGCAUGCAGUUGGAGUUCUUCACAUUUUGAACUGACAAGGGCAAAAAGCAGCACAGCACCAAUUACAGAAAAUAGCUGAACCCACACAUUUUGGUGUCUCACAGUCAGAAACACAAGUAUUUCACUUUUCCAAAUCACAUCAACCUUUGAAAUUAAACUGAAAACAAUACUGCUACCACUUCUCAGUCUAAAAACUAAAAACAGAUCUCUUAAUACUCUUCUAUCCCCAGCAAGUUUGCUGGGAAUUUUGUUCAUUUUUAAAGCAAGGACACUUCUGCCUGCCAAGUUCAACACAAAGUAUUUGGUUUAAGAUUUGAAGACAGAAGGCACUUUUAACAUUCAGCCUUAGAAUACUGAGUGCAGAAACAACAUGUACAAUUUUGUUCCUUUGUUUAAAUCUGCAGUUUAAUAUUUUUUUCCCAAUUAGUUCUUAGAAAGAGCAAUGAUAGCACUAUAUAACAUUUCAUUUUCAGGAGCACAUUGACUUACUUAUCCCAUUAAACAGGCUGCCCUUCCAAGAGAUCUUCUCUGUGUGUGUUUGUCAGGCCUAAAGUUCAUUUCCCAAUAUAGCACAAACCAAAGAUCCUGACCAAGAUCAAUUAAGGAACUGCUUUUUCAGUGCACUGCUUUGUUAUCCUGCUCACUCAGUGGUUUCCACUGCAAAUUGCAACUCUAUACUGCAGCAUUCAUAGAACAUCAAACAUUAGUAACACUGGCUGGCUGAGCACAGCUUCCAAUGAAACAGCUCUGCUUGGAAAUGGAGUCCUUUCAAAGAACACUUCAUCCAGCCCCAGUCUGCAAAUCAGCUUUUCAUUGACCACAUGAAGCUAUUUUUGUUCUGUACAGAAAUUAAUGAGGUUGUCGUUUAAUCAACAUACUUCAGGUUUCAGCUUUAAUUCCAUUUUUGUUACUGGAGACAAAAAAAAAAAAAAAAAAGG